CGCUGUCGCUUUUAGGUAGUCCGCGCAUCAGAUGACAAUAGACGUGAGGGGGAACAGGACCCUUUGGAUUUAAAAAUUCGUAUAAGUAAUGCCUCAGGAGAUUCCCUUUAUUCCAAAGAACAAGUUCUUCGACGCAUCUGACAAGUGCGACUGUUCUUCUCGUCGCUACACGCGUACCCUCCAUUACCACCCCGCACACACGCUACUUUACUACGUUAAAGUUGGUCUUAGAACCAUGAGCCCAUCGGCAACAGCUCAGAGCGCUGCUCAAAUGAAUCUUAAGCCUAACAUUGGUGUGUACACGAACCCAAACCAUGACCUUUGGAUCAGUGAGGCUGGUCCUAACGCUGCGACGAUUCCGUCUGGUCAGGACCUGAAGGAAGGUGAGGUUACCAUUGCUAUUCGCAGCACUGGCAUUUGCGGUUCCGAUGUCCACUUCUGGCACCAAGGCUGCAUUGGCCCAUUGAUCGUUCGUGGCGACCACAUCCUUGGCCACGAGUCCGCUGGUGAAAUCAUCGCCGCACACCCCUCGGUAACUUCUCUCAAGAUUGGUGACCGGGUUGCCAUUGAACCAAAUGUCCCAUGCUUUACUUGCGAGCCUUGCCGUUACGGCCGCUACAACGGCUGCCAGAACGAUAAGUUCCUGUCGACGCCACCAGAUCACGGUCUACUCCGCCGUUAUGUGAACCAUCCUGCCGUCUGGUGUCACAAGAUUGGCGACAUGUCCUACGAGCACGGAGCUAUGCUCGAGCCAUUGAGCGUUGCGCUGGCAGGUAUGCAACGGGCUAAAAUGCAGUUGGGCGACCCGGUUCUUGUUUGUGGUGCUGGCCCAAUUGGACUAAUUACCAUGCUUUGUGUUGCUGCCGCAGGUGCUGCUCCCCUUGUCAUCACUGAUAUCUCAGAGAGUCGAUUGGCAUUUGCUAAGGAGCUCUGCCCUCGUGUCAUUACACACAAGGUUGAGAGACUGAGCCCUGAAGAAGGCGGCAAGGCUAUUGUUGCUGCAUUUGGCGGUAUCGAGCCAGUAGUUACUAUGGAAUGCACCGGUGUUGAAAGCAGCAUCGCCUCUGCUGUCUGGGCGUCCAAGUUUGGCGGCAAGGUCUUUAUCAUUGGCGUUGGUAAAGACGAAAUCAAGUUCCCCUUUAUGCGUGCCAGCGUUCGCGAGAUUGAUAUUCAGCUGCAAUACCGCUACUCCAACACCUGGCCUCGGGCUAUCCGUCUGGUUGAAAGUGGGUUGAUUGACUUAUCCAAGCUUGUGACCCACCGAUUCCCUUUGGAAGAUGCCAUCAAAGCGUUUGAGACGUCGGCUGAUCCCAAGAGCGGUGCGAUCAAGGUGCAGAUUCAGAGCUUGGAAUAGAUCAUAGCUUGAUCGAACCUCUUGUAUUCGUUGGGAUGUAGCGUCACCGAUAGUUGUAGUAGUAGUCAAGUCAAAUAAAGCUGUUGUAUAAACCGCCUGUGCUGUUACAUCUGUUGUCCAUCGUAAUGGUUGACGAGAAAGCGCUGUCAAGCCGACAGCUAUACCGCCUUCAUCACCAACCGCCUAUAUCCCCAUUUGUUUUUCAUUUCAACGUCAACAGAGACAAUACCAAACUUUGCUUCUCAGUGAGGGGAAAUG